GCCAAGCCAGGAUGACGAGUAGAUUAACGAUAGCUGAUGGAGGAUUGUUGUUACAGUCUGUGAAGAUGACCGGGGGCGGAAAACCCACGAUGGAGCGGCAACGACAUCCAGCAGCGUAGUUUGAACCGAGGACCGAGUUGCGUUAAAACCUCACCAUCUUAUACAAAGUAACUGAGCACGGGGAGGAACAGCACGAUAUGCAGUCAUGAAGCGUGUUCGCACUGAGCAGAUCCAGUAUACCGUGGCUCAGUACCUGAAGCGGAGGCAGUAUGUGGACACUGAUGGCUCCCUGAAAGGAGCCAAGCUCUUCCAGUCAGCAGAGGAGAUGGCGGCCAGCCUCACAGUGCAGACUGAGUCAGGGUGUGCCAACAUCGUCUCUGCUGCGCCCUGUCAAUCUGACCCACAGCAGUACGAGACUCAGUACUCCAGGCUGCGCUCCUUUCUGUCAGAAACAGAAAUAUCCUGGGCGAAGGAGGUGAGCAGCAUCCUCUACCCGCUCUUUGUCUACCUCCACCUAGACAUGGUGCACUGUGGCCUGAAGGGGGCAGUAGAUGGUUUUUACAGUCGUUUCCACAGUGCCUUUCUUCAGGACAGCGAGCAGCGCGCCAUCAUAGAGCAGCUCCGCCAUGUUCUCACCACUCAGGACGUUGCAGCCAACCCCAAGCUGAGUGCUUUCCUGGAGCACAAGUACGUGGUGCACCUGACCGAGCCGGCCUACAGCUACCUGCUGCGCUACCUGCAGAGUGAGGACAACAGCGCCCUCUGCAGGGCCUUUAGCACACACCUGCAGGUGGAGGUCACUGCCUCGAGACGCACAGACUACCAGCUAUAUGGAGCUGUUGGCGGGGCGACCACAGCCCCAAACUCCACCUCCUCCUGGGCAGGAGUGGAUGGGGCAGAUGGUGGGGAGGGGGUGGAGGUCCCUGCAGGGAUUCCACAAAGUGAGGCGGCCCUGGAUGCUCUGCAGGACUGCAUCAAGAAAGUCCGUGAGGGCCCCCCCACGCUCACCACCGUGUGUUUCUACGCCUUCCACCACACGGAGCAGAUGUUAAACACCGCAGAGGUGUCGGCUGACAGCCGGCUGCUGGCCGCCGGUUUCGACAGCUCCACGGUGAAACUGUGGAGCCUCCGAGCCAGAAAGCUGAAGGCCAAACCGCAUCAGGCUGACGUGUCGCUCAUCCGCCUGGCCUGUGACGUACUGGAGGAGGAAGUGGAUGAAGAGGACAGCUGCGGCAGUGAGAUAAAGACACUGCGAGGUCACAGCGGCCCCGUGUUUCGAACCGCCUUCCUGACAGACAGUUCCGGCCUGCUCUCCUGCUCUGAGGACACAACCAUCCGCUACUGGGACCUGGGUAGCUUCACCAACACGGCGCUCUACCAGGGCCACGUCUACCCGGUGUGGGAUGUGGACGUCAGCCCCUGCAGCCUUUACUUCGCCAGCGGCUCCCAUGACCGGACUGCUCGCCUCUGGACGUUCUCCCGCACCUACCCGCUGCGACUUUACGCCGGACACCUUUCUGAUGUUGACUGUGUCAAAUUCCACCCAAACUCCAACUACCUGGCCACCGGCUCCACAGACAAGACUGUCCGGCUGUGGAGCACCCAGCAGGGGGCGUCUGUUCGCCUCUUCACUGGCCACCGUGGCCCCGUGCUGUCACUCGCUUUCUCACCUAAUGGGAAGUACUUGGCGUCCGCCGGUGAGGAUCAAAGGGUGAAGCUGUGGGACUUGGCAUCAGGGACGUUAUUCAAAGACCUGCGGGGACACACGGACAGCGUCACCAGCCUGUCUUUCAGCCCGGACAGCAGCCUGGUGGCGUCAUCGUCUAUAGACAACUCAGUGCGGGUGUGGGACAUUCGGAACUCCCACGGCGGGACGCCAGCUGACGGCUCAUCUAGCGAACUGGUGGGAAUGUACACUGGAAACACCAGCAAUGUGCUGAACGUCCAGUUCAUGGCCUGCAACCUGCUGCUGGUGACGGGGACUGCACAGGAGAAAGCAGAACAGUAGCCACAGCUGUCUUUUUUGUUUUUCGUUGUUGAUGUUUCAGAGAAAAGCUUGAAUUUCUCCAGAUGUUUGUUUGAAGGUGUGGUCACCAGAUGUGUUCUCUGAGUCAUCCAAUGAUGAGAGGUUAAACGCCACCACCUGCACAGGGUGCUUUUUGUCCUUAUUAGUUCUUUGCAUAGAAAUGAAGCAAGGUCAGAUAUCUUUAUUUGUAAUCCACAAGUCUCAUCCUUCCAAAACUGCCUUAGAUAUUCAUCUAUAGAUAAAUUAUAAUUUGUCUGGGUGGUAUUUUGUAAUUAUGAGAGUGUCCUCAAGAGAUGUCAGUAUUAAAUAUCUCUCAGUGUAAA